AUGUUCCGAUUAGUUCAACACGCAUUUCGCGCGUCAAAUUAUGCUCUUAAAAGACCGUUUCUAUGUUUAAGUACUCGAACGUAUCUAACCGAUGCUUAUCAAGCAUUCGAUAAAUGGGAUGAAGCGUUGACAAAUGACAUUCUGAAAAAAACUAAUAUCAGUGAACUUUUGAUCGAUGUGGAAGAUAAAUUAAUUCGAAAGAAAUAUGUCAGUUCAUUAGAUAUGGAAAUUCUUGCUGCGAAAUUAACUCAUGUCGAAACAACAGAAGAUCUCAAACUAGCCGAAGGAAUUCUAGAAAAAUUUCGCCAUACACCCGAAGCAUUGGAAUUUCAACCAUCAUUAGCAUAUUCACUGGUUCGAAAUUAUCUCGAUCUUGGACAAAAAGAACGUUUAUUACCAAUUUUAGGAGAUAAAGUUAAAUACGGUAUAUUCCUAGAUCGAUUCUCUGCGAAUCUUCUGCUCAAUGCAUUCUUAUUAGAAAAGAAGUACCAAGGUAAAACAACUACUUCGAGUAUUUUCGAACAAGACCUUGUCUUUUCAGAUGCCGCACAGAUCUGUACUGAUUUGAUGUUACAAGACCAAGACGAUGAUCAAUUAACUCGUGCGCUCGCUGUGAACGCUUGUUAUAAUUAUUAUCUGAUCGCGACGGAAGAAGAUUUCAAGAGUAACGUCAUCGAAGAAGAGGACGAAGAUAUUGUUAAAGUAAAAGUUCAAUUCGUUCGAAAUAUUACCAAUGACGAUCAUUUCGAUCUGGCCGAUAAACGCAAAUUGCUGGGAAAAACAUUGGCAUAUUUUAGUCGAGAUGCAAAUAACAGUCAUAUAGUUUCUUUGCAAAUUCUAGGUUAUACUCUUUACAAAAAAUUCGGACGUGUUUGUGACACACUUCAAACUGUGUUAGACAAUGGCAAAUUACAAUUAGAUGAAGGAAUUAUAAACAUUCUGGAAAAAGAAUUGGAUGAAUAUGUUUAUAAUCCAGCUGAAUUUAAGGGAAAUCUACCACAAAGUCCAUAUCGACGAUUAGAACUCAUUCCCGAAGCUGCUCGCGUUAUAAUCAAAGAGAAAUUGUUACCGAAACUUCGCGAGCAGAAUAAGAUCGUUGCAAUGGAUCUCAAACAAUUCGUGGAAACAAAUCUAAUCGAGCAAGCAGCUCUUGCCGAUAAACGUGAUACAACGAAACACGAACAACAGAUAGCAAUUUGGACACGCGAACGACAAGAACAACUUGAUGACCAAAUUCAUCGUUUCGUCAUCGAUGAGAAAAAAGCGAACCUUAUGGAACGUCUCCGUCUGCUAGAAGAACGUGAUGAAUUGUUGAACUUCUUCGAGAAUGAAUCACGUAUUGUCAUGCAUUCGCAUGAAAAAGAAUUUGCCGAUGAAAAUUUCGAAGAUGUUCGAGCACCGGGUGAACAUGAGUAUUUCGAAUUAGCUCGUCAACAUUACCAUUGGGAUCGAAUGGAGCCACGUCGGUCUUUACAUUUAGAUAAGAAAUUACGCGAUGACGAAAUGAGCGAUGUACGCGACUGGCCACCGUACAAAUAUCUCGCCGAAAAUUGGAAAUAUGAUCUAGUAGAUUAUGUUCCACUGAAUGAAAAAAUGAAACGCCGAAAGGAAGAUUUACCACCCAGCGGUAAACCUCCGUAUUAUAAGCAAUUCUUUUUCUAG